GCGGGCCUGGGUGGGUGAGGCGCAUGCGUUCUAGAAGCCGCAGCGAGCCUUCGCGGCCUGGCGGGGUCUCUGCGCAGGCGCGGUAGCCCACAGCGGCCGCGAGGCGUCGCUUCCGGCCCGGUUUGAAGCGAAUGGUGCGGCCGCGUGGGAGUAGUUUGGAGAUGUUUGAGCGGUGUGACAGAUUGGGAAACUGAGGCUGGGGUGAAGAACAGUCCCUCGCGACCAGCGGGGCCUUCACCGGUCCCCAGUGCGUGGAGAUUGUACCUACCUGCGGAAGUCGGGGAAAUUGAGUCUGAGAGAGGAGGCGGAUUCGUCCGGAACGGUGGUUCCCCGGGGGUGAAAAAAAUAAUGCCCCGUAUGUGUUAUAAAGGCGACACACGGGCAGUGAAAGUAAUUCAUAGUACAAGACUAUGCACCUCACUUUGUAAAGGCUGGAACUGGAUUACACCAGGUGAUGUUUGUGCCUAACGUAAAAGGAGUAAGUUUGGACUUGAAUUUUGCCGACAGUUUGUAUUUGACUUCUCGAGUCAAAGGCUAGAUACUUGUAUACAAAUGUGUAAUUCGGAUGACAGCCACAAUGCAGACACACAUGGGCGUGUUCUGGUGGCUCACCGGUGGUGAGAAGGACUGACACUGAUUUUCCAAAAUGGUGAACAAAACAGAGUACGACCUCCCUUGAUUAGCCUGGUGUAUGCAUUUCUGGAUAACAUAUUGCAUAUUAAAACCAGGAAAAACUCACUGUAUUUUUUUUUAAGUUUUUAUUUUUGAGACAGCAAGUGGGGGAAGGGCAGAGAGAGAGAGGGAGAGAGAGAGAAUCCCAAGCAGGCUCUGCACUGUCAGUGUAAAGCCUGAUGUGGGGCUUGAACUCCCAAACCCUGAGAUCAUGACCUGAGCCGAAAUCAAGAGUCGGUCACCUAACCAACUGAGCCACUCGGGCACGCCAAAACUCAUCUAAGAUAGGUUGCAAGCAGGCUUUUUUGCCCACAUGAAGGUUUGGAAGGACACUGGGAAAAUUGCGCAGGACGGAGGACAGUUUUUUAUGGUGAACCAUUCUGUGCCUUACAAGAGGUCCAGGUGUCUGCUCGCUGUGUCUUAAAUGUUAUUAGUGUCCCCUCAGUCUUGUGACACCCCAAAUCCCCACACAAAUUUCCAAUCUGUUCUUGGAAAACCACUGAGUUAUUCAAAUAACAGUUUUUGCCACCAUGCAUGUGUGGUGGGGAGGCACAGUGUGGUGAACAGACACAGCCCCUGCCCUCGUGAGGCGGGGUCUAGUAUGAGAAAAUACCCAGAUGUUAAUCGUGUUAUAUGAUAAAUAGCUUGAUGAUAGAGGCAGCACAGGUCAGGAUUAGGAACACAUGGAGACCCAGCCAACUAGCAGGGGGUCCGAUGGCCUGAAAAAGACAACCUAAGAAACAGCAUUGGAGCUAAGCCUUUAAAGACCACCACGUAGGAAAGGGUGGUGUGCCAAGCAGAGGGACCAGGACGAUUAAAACAGGCCCAGGGUCCCCGGCACGCCGUAGAUACCCAAAUGCUGUCAGUGGAUAGAGGGAUGAUUGAAUGAGACCCAGCCUAUUUGCUGGCUAGGAGCCAUUCCCCGCUGUAUCAUAAACUGUUAAAAGUUGGGGGAAUAGCUGCUUCUCGGUUCUGCCCAGAGCCCAAAACUGAGGUGGGGCUCGUAGAAGGUGGCAGUGGCAAAGGUCCCAGACGCAGAGAAAGUGUUGUGUGGUCCUGGCCUGGGGGUGACUUCCAGGAAGUGGAUCUCCAAUUCUGCUCUCCCAGAGGGCAGCCGCUAAAAAUAUAACUGCUGUGCUGCUUCAGUGUUAGAAAAAGCAGGGCAGGGUUGGCCUCUUACUUUCAUAUCUGCUCUUCAUGCAUGAUCCUGGAAACAGUGACUUGUUUUUGACAGAUGGUACCUGCUGAGGACUGUCCCAAGAUAAAAAUCUCCCCGAGUGUGUGCAGGGGAAGGCCACAGACAAAGGGGUCUGUUCCCCCAGUGGGUCUAAAGGGGUGCAGAGCCAGUCUCCUUCUCCCCCUGGGACAAUCCCUGUUCCUUUUGAGGGUAUCAUUUCUGCUCCAAAGACUAGACUAGGGCAAGGGUCUGGAGCAGCCUGCCUUCAGGAGCCAAGCAGGAAGUGUAAAUUGCCAGCUGGAAACUUUGGGAACCAAGAAUAUACAGGCAGCCCCGUCUAAGAGGCAGAGAUUGCAAUGCGGCCUGGACUGGGCGUCGCCAUGCACGAUCUCUGCUCUCACGUUGCCAGCUGUUUUUGAUUUUUUUUUUUUUCAAUACAAAUUAGAAGUGAAGAAUCUUAUUUUCCCAGACUUUAAAAGGUCGGCCCUAGCUCAAACUUGAAAAAACAAAAAACGAGACUGAGAGGUGAGCGAAACAUAUUUGGGACCCCUGGUCUUCAUGUCCAUCCUAGGAAGGUGGUGUCAUCAGGACAUCAGAACAGCUGUACACAGUAAAGGGGUGCCUGGGGUGGUCACAGGAACUGAGUGGGCUGUGUGCCAGGGGUGAUGGGACACCAGUCCCGCCUGCCCGGGUGCAAAUCCUCUGGGCAUCUUCCCUGAGUGACCCACAGGGGCCAAGGUCAUCCUCAUGCAUCACUGCUCCUUCUCUUUCUGCACCUGCUGCCUUGACCCUUCACGCACACCAUUCCUUCUAAUUUGGUAUCAAAUCCCUUCUCUCCCACAUCCCACCCCUAAGCCCCAGGCUGUUGUGCAGACCUCCCCACCUUCCCGCCUCUCCCCAGGGGCUACAACAUCUGCCAGUGGGCCUUGCCUCCUCUCUGGUUGUUCUCCACAUAGCAGCCAAUAGGCCUUCUGCGUGAGCCUGGGAUGUCUUACCCCUGCUUCAAGCCCCCUGGUGGCUCCCCACUGCUCUCAGUAUCUAGCCCACAUUCCCUGAAGUGGCCCACAUGGACUUCUGAUUCCUCCAGAGGUUGGAACUGGUAGCUCACAGGCCAGAUGCAAACAGAUUUUAUUUGACCUUGCAGAGUACUUCAUACAUUCAAAUUGGGCUACUGCCUAAGUGCAAAACUCAAGACACUGCAUUUCAUGAGAUCAGAGGUUUACAAGGAGAAGAGUGGAAGCCCAGGCUAAGAUCAAGGCUGGAAAUGGGUUGUAUACAGUAGGAGCUCAACUACCUAGAGCUGUGGGAUGGUGUUGUGCACACCCCUAACAAAGGCCAGGUAUGCAGAAGGUACUCGCUAUGAACCUGCCAGAUUGAACUUGGAUCCUGAGUGAUCAGACCUCAUAAGCCCGCCUGACCUUUGAGACAUGACUGGGAAGGACUUGGCCCCUAGUCCUCCUCUUCCUGGCCAAUAUAGCCCAGAGUCAGGUGAACAUGGUGGGAUGGAAUUUUGCAAGGGCAGCGAUCACGGGCUUGGGAACAAAACAGACUUGGGUUCAAACUCAGCUCCCCCAUCUCUAAAACGGGGACAAUGCCUUCCCGAUCAUCUUUCUCAUCCUGAGAGUCCUGAGUGGUACACAUGGAUGGGAGGUAGAUGCCCAUGCUUCCUGUCACCCCUCCUCACCCUCUGUGCCCUGUAGAGUGUUCCAAGGAGCAGCCAUGUCCACGCUGUACCCAUCUCUGGAGGACCUAAAGAUGGACCAAGCCAUUCAGGCCCAGGCCAGAGCUGCGCCCAGGAUGCCUGCCCUGCCAGUCUCCCAGCCUUCAGUUUUGUACCCAAGCCUGGCGGAAUUGGAAAAUUAUAUGGGUCUUUCCCUCUCCAGCCAAGAAGUCCAGCAGAACCUGCUUCAGAUUCCAGAAGGUGCUAGUAUGGUGGGCUCUGGCCCCUUGCUGGGCCAGCUGGUGGCACCGGUGUCUGGGAACAGCCAAGGUGCGCGGCGUGCAGAGAUCAAGCCUGGAAUGCGUGAGAUCCACCUGUGCAAGGACGAGCAUGGCAAGACGGGCCUGCGGCUCAGGGCCAUCGACCAGGGGCUCUUUGUGCAGCUGGUGAAGGCCAACAGCCCUGCGUCUCUCGUGGGGCUGCGCUUUGGAGAUCAGAUCCUGCAGAUUGACGGGUGUGACUGUGCCGGCUGGAGCACAGACAGAGCCCACCGGGUGUUGAAGAGGGCAUCGGCCGAGAAGAUCGUCAUGGUCGUUCGGGACAGGCCGUUCCAGCGGACCGUCACCAUGCACAAGGACAGCACGGGCCACGUUGGCUUCGUCAUCAAGAAGGGAAAGGUCGUCUCUGUGGUCAGAGGGAGCUCCGCAGCCCGCAACGGGCUCCUCACCAACCACUCCGUGUGCGAGGUGAACGGGCAGAACGUCAUCGGGCUGAAGGACAAAGAGGUCACAGAGAUUCUGGCCACGGCCGGGAGCGUUGUCACCUUGACCAUCAUCCCCACCGUGAUCUACGAGCACAUGGUCAAAAAGUUGUCCCCGACCGUGCUCCACCACACCAUGGACCACUCGAUCCCAGAUGCCUGACGCCAAGAGAGGGCAGCGCAGCCCUCCCACCCUCCUGCAGAGGAGAGCAGCGUCCUUCGUCCUCCGGGUUCCAGGGGCCUGCUGCCGGGGGCGGGGCCGUCUGGAGGGGGCGUGUUCCACGCAGGGUCACGUGGGGCAGCCACCGAUACUCGGGGCCUCCGUGAGCUGGACUGAGGCCCACAGGCGGGGAUCCUCUGUGCGGGUUUAGAUGCCGGACACGUAGGCAGGUCGGCGCAACACUUCUUAAAGUUGCAGCUGGGGCCCUUGCAAGAUUUUCGCCUCCACCAGAGACACAGUUCCACGUUUUGAGAGAACAGAACUACAUUCUUUGAGAGGAUUUUUUCUUUUUCCUGUACUUGCCGUGUGUCACAAACUGGCCAGAGUCCUAAUCCUUCACUUCUUUUGAAUAAAGAUUUGAUUUUAAACAGAA